GCUACAAAUACACCCGUAGCUUUUCUUACCUUUUCUUUUUCUGUAGUUUACUUUGAAAAUGGCUUCGCGAAUUGCUUCCAAGAGGUUUUGUGCCGCAUUGCGUGCGCCGCGCACCAGUUACACGCCCGCGCGAUUUGCUUCCGCAGCAUCUGGUGUCAAGGGCUCAAGUCUGCCGCAAGAUGUACUUGACUCGAUUGCUCGCGAUUCGACUCUACCAACACCCGAUCCACCUGCUAGUUCGAAGACAGCAGGCCUCGUCAAUCAGCAGCUACCGUACAUGGUACCGACUUAUGUUCGCCCGCCACCCAUGUUUGAGAAGGGCGAUGGCUGCUACAUGUGGGAUAUUGAGAACAGGAGGUAUCUCGAUUUUACCUCUGGUAUUGCCGUCAAUGCUUUGGGACAUUGCGACGCUGGCGUAGCGCAAGUCAUUGCAGAACAGGCUAAACAACUGAUACACACCUCAAACCUCUACCACAACCCGCAUACCGGUCUUCUGUCGAAACAACUUAUCCAGCUCACGCAUGCGACCGGAGGCUUUGCCAGCGCAACCCGUACAUUCAUAUGCAACAGUGGCUCUGAAGCGAACGAGGCUGCCAUCAAGUUCGCGCGAAAGGUUGGCAAGUCCCUAUCCCCUGACAAGGACAAGCACGAGUUUGUUUCGUUCCACAACUCGUUCCAUGGCCGCACCAUGGGAAGUCUGAGUGCAACACCGAAUCCAAAAUAUCAAAAGCCUUUCUCGCCAAUGGUCCCAGGAUUCAGGUAUGGAACCUUCAAUGACGUUGCUGCCAUCAAUGAGUUGGUCACGGAGGCGACAUGCGGUGUCAUUAUCGAACCCAUCCAGGGAGAGGGAGGUGUGAACGUUGCGACACCCGAAUUUCUCGUCGCGCUCCGAAAGCGCUGCACCGAAGUGCGUGCUGUUCUGAUCUUCGAUGAGAUCCAGUGCGGUCUAGGACGAACGGGCACCUUCUGGGCACACGGCGGCUAUCCCAAGGAGUGUCAUCCUGAUAUCUUGACUACUGCCAAGGCACUCGGAAACGGCUUCCCCAUCGGUGCAACCAUUGUUAAUGACUUUGUGUGCGACCACAUCAAGACUGGUGACCACGGUACCACAUUUGGCGGCAACCCUCUCGGCUCUCGUGUUGCUUCCUAUAUCCUGUCCCGCCUAUCCUCACCAGAGAUUCUCGACUCGAUACCCGCUAAAGAGCAAGCAUUCCGCAAGCACUUUGAUGCUCUACGGGACCGCUUCCCAGACCACAUCAAGGAAGUCCGAGGCAAAGGGUUGAUUCUAGGUCUUCAACUCGAUGCAGACCCGACGCCCAUCGUUACAGCUGCCCGUGAACGAGGCCUACUGAUCAUCACUUGCGGCACCAAUACGCUGAGAUUUGUUCCGCCGCUUGUGAUCACUGAAGCAGAGAUUGAGGAGGGUAUGCAAAUCCUGAAGCAGGCAAUGGAGAGUGUGUGGGUUGAAGGCGACAGCGUGAAGCCAACCCCGGGCCAGCAGGAAAUGCGAUAGAUGAUUAGCAUUAGCACGGCGUACCGGCGUUUGGUAUUGUAUUAGUUGAUAGAGGGAUCAAAAGUGUUUCGUUAGCUACGUUAUGUAGCUUU